AUGGUUCUCUCGGUAACACCCAAGACCUCGGUUACUCUGAUCGGGGCGGGCACCCAGGGCAGGCGUCUUGCAUUCAUGUGGUCAAGUAGAGGAAACGACGUUCACCUCGUUGAUGGCCAAGAAAGUCAGCUCGAGGCCAGCCUGAAAGCCAUCGACGGCUUCCGAAAAGACGCUGGAAAGAAAAACGGCCAAUGGGGAAGGAUCAUCACGCAUUCACCAGAAACACUACGUGAAGCACUCAAAGCAGCGUGGCUUGUUGUAGAGUGUGUACCUGAGCAGCUUGCCCUCAAGCAGAAAGUGAUCGUGGAGCUGGAUUCUCUGGCAGGGGAGGACACAAUAAUUGCUUCUAACUCUAGCAGUUACUCUUGUUCCGAGAUCCUGGAAGGGAUCACCCUGAAGAAUGAACGCCGUUUUCUGAGCGCCCACUCUUAUUGGCCUCCCGAGACUCCAGAGAUUGAAAUCAUGGGCCAUGAAACCACCAAUCCCUCUUACAUCCCCCUGAUGAUGGAGCAAUGCAAGGCACAUGGCUUUUCUCCCUUCGAAGUCAAGAGUCCAUCCAUGGGCUAUAUCUACAACCGUAUCUGGGCAGCCAUCAAGAGAGAAGCCCUCCUCGCGGCAUCAGAAGGUGUUGCAACUCCAAAAGAAAUCGACGCCAUGUUCAAGGGAGUUCUCAAGACCCCAAAAGGCCCUUUUGAGCAGAUGGACGUGGUUGGCUUGGAUGUUGUUUUGGACAUCGAGCAACACUAUGCCGAUGCUCGAGGAGACAUUCCUAGCGCACCUCGUGAGUAUCUUCAAAAGUUCCUCCAGAACGGCCAUCUUGGGGUAAAGAGUGGUCGCGGUUUCUAUGAUUACGGGUCAUCUUAG